GCAGCAAUUAACCGACGAACACUUGUUCUAGAAGUGCUCCGUCAGUCGUAACCUCAACUAUUCGAUCUUUUCAAUAACGGUAUCGCGAAAAAAAAUGAGUCAUUUAACUAUCCUAGUACUAACGACGAUUAUUUGUGUCACUGUAAUUCACGCAUCCGUACUGCCAUGGCUUCCGUUCGCACCAUGGUGGGUUCGUGCUCCGAACAAGGAUACUCCCCCGGUGGUUAACAUUCAGCGACUGGGUGGCAACUACGCUUACAGCACGGCUGAGGGUAAAGCUUUUGAAGCUCUGGUUCCGGCUUCUGUUGUUCAACCACCAGUGGCAGCAGUUCAUGUUCCGGCUUUCUCCGAUCUAACGGUUCAUUAUUUACCCUCCGGACAAGUCGUGCUAGUUCCAAGGGGGUCAUCAGUCACUGUACCUACGGAUACAGAUGAUGGUGGCGAAGCUGGUACUACUACUGAGGGUAACGAAAUCGAAACGGCAAAUGAUCCUGCUGAGCUGAACGAUCCAGAGCAACCCGUAGAACCUGCACCCAUUACGGAGCAACCGGAAGAUAACGAAGCUACGGAGAGUCUCUAGGUUAAGGCUAUAUUCCAGUAAAAAAACAGUGGUGUUCGGUACAAUGUGUUCUGGUUUUUUAGCUUAUAGAAUAUUAAACGCUUUGUGUAGUCAAAGGUCAAAAGCACUUUACUAGUGAGUCAUUUAAUGGUUGAGCGUUUCUUACACUAUAUUUUUUUUCGUUAUCAGUACACUGACCCAGUAACGCAACGCGACGGCCUUAUCUCGGAUGCAUAUUUUACAAUAGGGUCAUCUAAUGAAGAAUAAAAUUCUUCUAUUAUUACAUCGAUAGAGCUUAAGCUUUCUUAAUGUAACAAUACAUUUCUCCAUGUCCUACAACCUCAGAACAA